CCUCUCUCUUCCAACCUCCGUCUAUAUCUCCAUCUGCUUCUCCUCCCUUCUCUUCCCAUAAUGCCCCUUUCACAUUUCCCUCAUCUUUCCCAAAAUACCCCUCUUUUCCUCAAAUGGAUUCUUCUCAGAACUGGCUCACUUUCUCCCUCUCGAACCAAUCCUCCCUUCCUUCCUCCAAUCUCUGCCUCUUCGAAGCCUUCAAUCACGGUGUGGCCGGGAGAGUUGGACACGAGAGCACUGCUGCUGCUGCUGACGUUUCCAUGCUCUGCGUCGGACCGAAGCUCGAGGACUUCCUCGGCGGAGGGAGUGGGUCAUUUGGAGGGAGUCCGGCGACGGAAUCUGACGCUGGGGUGUACGAUUCCGAGCUGAGGACGAUCGCUGCCGGUUUCAUGCAAGGGUUUCAUGCGGACGCGGAAAAGACGGUUUUGUCCUCGGCGUCGGUCUCGAAGAAGGCGUUGGAUACGUUUGGGCAGAGGACGUCCAUCUAUCGUGGAGUUACGAGGCAUAGGUGGACGGGAAGAUACGAAGCGCAUUUGUGGGAUAACAGCUGCAGAAGAGAAGGGCAGAGUCGGAAAGGAAGACAAGUAUAUUUAGGUGGGUACGACAAGGAAGAGAAAGCGGCGAGAGCGUACGAUCUAGCGGCAUUGAAAUACUGGGGUCUGAACACGACCACCAACUUUCCGCUGUCUAACUACGAGAAAGAGCUGGAAGAGAUGAAGAACAUGACGAGGCAGGAGUUUGUCGCUUCUCUCAGAAGGAAAAGUAGCGGGUUUUCUAGAGGAGCCUCUAUUUAUAGAGGAGUUACAAGGCACCACCAACAUGGUAGAUGGCAGGCGAGGAUUGGAAGGGUAGCAGGCAACAAAGAUCUCUACUUGGGAACCUUUAGCACCCAAGAAGAAGCGGCCGAGGCCUACGACAUCGCAGCCAUCAAAUUCCGGGGCCUAAAUGCCGUGACCAACUUCGACAUGAGCCGUUAUGAUGUGAAAAGCAUAGCCAACAGCAAUCUCCCCAUCGGUGGGACCGCUAACAAAAACAAAGCAUCAGAAUCAUCAUCAUCUGACACUAAGAGCGCCGAAUCACCACCGCAGAUCGACAGCCCCUUCUCAUCUCAACCGUCUACGACCCUCAGCUUUGCCUCUGGGCCUAUCAAACAGGACCCACAAGACUACUACUCUCUUCUAGCAUUUGAAGACCCAUCUCAAACAAAUGCAAAGAACAUUACCAACUUCCAGAGUCUCUCAAACUCCAACAUGGAUUUUACCACAGCCAUAAAUCAGAGCAAUGGGUCUAUCUUAAAUAGUGGAAGCUUUCCACAGCAUAACCCAUCAUCUAUUCCUUUUGCCACUCCCAUUUCUGUGGGAAGUGGUUAUGAUGGUUCUACUUAUGGAAGCUGGACCACACAACCUGUCCAUCAUGGCUUUCAAUCUGCAAAGCCUAAUCUGGAAGUUUUUCAGACACCCAUAUUUGGAAUGGAAUGAUAGAAGAAGUGGAGAUUGGAGAAUCUGGUAUGAGGGUGGACCAUACUUACAUGGACGGAUGUUAUGGACCGACUGUGGAGUAGGAAUAACAGACUAACUGAAAAGCUAUGUUGUGUUCUUUUAUUUUUGAUACUGACUGGA